GAAUCAUGUGACAUGCGCACUCGGCCCUGUUGUUGUUGAGUUUGUUAUGACAAGCCAAGGCCUCGGACUAAAUUAGAAGCGAAGCCCCCGUGUUUGUCCGGGCGAAUCCGCGAUGGAGGGCAUGGACCUGGACCUGGACCUGGACCAGGAGCUCAUGCAGAAAUUCAGCUGCAUGGGCACAACCGAUAAAGACAUCCUGAUAUCGGAGUUUCAGAGGCUACUUGGAUUUCAGCUAAACCCCGCCGGAUGCGCCUUCUUUCUGGACAUGACCAACUGGAAUUUACAGGCAGCCAUAGGAGCCUACUAUGACUUUGAGAGUCCCAACAUUAGUGCACCGUGCAUGUCACUUGUGAAGGAUGUGACAAUUGGUGAGGGUGAGUCCGUUCCACCUGAUACAUCUUUCACAAAGACCUGGAGGGUACAGAACACAGGUGCAGAGUCAUGGCCUCCUGGGGUUUGUCUGAAGUAUGUUGGAGGUGAUCAGUUUGGUCAUGUAAACAUGGUGAUGGUGAGGUCUUUAGACCCCCAGGAAAUGGCUGAUGUCAGUGUACAGAUGCAGAGCCCUGUUUCUCCUGGCAUGUAUCAGGGUCAGUGGAGAAUGUGCACAGCUACAGGACUUUACUAUGGAGAUGUAAUCUGGGUGAUCCUGAGUGUGGAGGUUGGAGGCCUCCUUGGCGUCACACAGCAGCUUUCUUCUUUCCAAGCUGAGUUCAACACCCAGCCUCACCGCAGCCUGGAAGGAGACUACAACCCGUUUGCCUCACCAGAGAAAAGCAAGUGCCCCAACAGCAACAACAAUGGCCUCCAUGACGACAGCGGUCAUAUGGUUGCAGAGGAACAUUGGCAGGGAAGCCCAAACCAGCUACAGCAAGAUCAGAAUGGACUGUCACACAACUCUGUGGAUAUAGUAGCAAACAGUCUACAAAGCAAUCUCUCACUAGUCUCUUAUAACCAGGGUAUACAGGAGUCCUAUCCUUUUGGGCACUCUUAGGUCAUGGGACUUGUCAUAGUACAGCAGCACCAAACUGGACUUCUGGAGUCUGUCACACCCUGAAGAGGCAGUAGCUGUGGGAAAGCACGGAGAUCCAAAAAAGACUUUAUGCAAAUUCCAGCAGCUCUCUGAGAAACCAGAGGUCAACGCUCCCAACGUGCAGCUUGACUAACAUCCCACUCCCACUGUAUGCACGUGUGAAUGCUAAGUUAAAAUGAGUGCUAUGAGUGUUUUGAGUGACAAUUUAUUUUCUAAUUUUUUUUUCAGUUGUCAGAGUGAAUAUGAAACAAUUAUGACAGUUGGGUGUACUUGUGAAACUUAGUGUGUGCGUGUGUGUGUGCAUUGUGCACCUGAAAGAAUUUGGAGGAAAAGCCAUUUUGUUUUGCCAACUGAUUCUCUCUGAUUCUCAAUGUAUUGAUUAGGUUUCCGAAUAAGUUUCCUUGAACUAAAUAUAAUUAUAUCGCUUAAACAAACCAUUCAAUAUCAUCAUUUACUUCAUUGGAAUUGUUUAGAUUACACUUGUUUUGUUUUUUUUGUUUUUUGGGGCUUUUUUGAGAGGGGAAGCUGUCUCAUCCUCCAGAAAUGUAUCUAUGGCUCAUAAAAGUCAGUUUGUAUUUGUUUUUUCCCAACAGAGCUUGUUCAUAAUGAUAAGUAAAAACAAUGCUGUCGCUGAACUGUAACGUAGAUGCAAGACCGUGACCCUCCAGUGGAGGGAGUCAGCUAUUACUCCUAAGAAAACAUGAAGAUCUAAGAAACAUGAGUUUUUAUUUGACAAUAGGGCUCCUGUCGUCUAGUCAGCUACAAUUAAGAGCCAACUUGAACUUGAUUUGGUAUACAUCAGUCUCUGCUGACACUUGAAAAUACAUAUUUUUGAAAUAUAACACUAUUAGCAGAGUAUUCAUUUCUAGCUAUAAUGCAGUAUUAUAGAUUUCCCCCGUCGUUGUCUUAAAAUCAGAUAUAGUCUAGUUUUGUCUGCUUCGAUUAAAAAACAAAAAACAAAAAAACAGCAACAAGAAUAAAAUACUGAAUUUAAGCCAAAUUGAAAGUGUGUAAGACAAAACUUCACAUAAUAAAUGAAAUAUUUCUGGUGCCCUGCUCUGAAUCUCUUCUCAUAUUAAAGUUGAAUUUAUUUAAUGAAUGUAGUAAAGGUUAAAGUUUUUUGGAAAUGUAUUAAUUUACCCAAAGAUUCUACUCACAUACGUACACUGGACUUCCAGAUCUAUGCAUGCGAUUAUAUUAUGUUACAUCAUUUCAAAUGCAAACUAAAAAAAACAUCACAUUAAAAUCUAACCACAAUACCACGUUUUUUCCGUAGGAAUUGUUUAGUGGUUUACCUUUUAACAGGCUGGGGUCAUUGUAACCUCCAUUCUCUGGUCUGCGUGUGCCACCCACAAAUACAGUUAAGCCCUGAGGGCUUUAACAUCUCUGUGAUUUUUAUCUGUCAUCCAGAGCCAGUGAGUUUGACCACCUUGUCAGGUGAACACCCUUUUUACUGAGGUGCUAACACAAAAAGCCCCAGGGUUACAGAGCUUUGACACCACGAUGAUACCAGCUGAUGCAAGAAUCUUUGGGUCUCUGUUGUUUCACAAGAUGUUGUUUUUCUGUGCAAAAUUUAAAAUACUACGUGUUCCUCCCAACUGUCACUGUCAAUUCAUCAAGUGCUGAUUACAUUUAGUUUUUAGUGUAAUGUUUUUAAAGUCUCUUCAGGCCAGAUUGCAGAAUGAAUCAGUUGGCAUUAGACUAUUGAAACAGCACAUUUAUGCAAGUGAGGAAGUGCAAACAGAUGAACAAAUGAAAGCCUGUUUUCCUUAUGGAUGUCUGAUGAAUGUUUGUAUGAUUAAAUUAUCACUUAAAACUUGAAA